AUGAGGACCCAGCAAUUCGCCCUCCUGUCGGGCGUAAUACACGGCGCUGUUGCCGCAACCCCCACGACAUCGGUUACCAGCAUUUUCCUCCCCGGAUUCGACACGCAGAGCCUGGUGGCGUCCGUUAUUACAGCCGCACCCACGGCGACCGAGUACUUCCUACAAUGCGAUUCCGGCAACCUUAUGGAGUGCGGCGUUGGAACAGGAAUGACUGUUACGGAAGGCCCAUCUACAUUCGGGUUGGAGUUUAACGGCACAGAUAUCGCAAUCAGCGAGGCUUGCGCACUUUCAGGCGACAACGCAGUCUGCACGUUUAGCACACCAGGCGGGAACGUAUCGACCGAGUCAGGAUCCGGUGUCAAGUCCAUGUUCCUCGAGGUCACAAUCACUGCUGGCUUCGCGGCUCUUUCUUCGGCCAGCGCCGCCGCCGCCUCUGCCGCCGCCGCCGCGGCCGUCAAGACCGAGGCCGUGGAGCCCAAGACUACAGCAACAGCACCGACGGCAUCAUCCACGUCAAAGAGCGAUACCGCAAGCGAGACAGCCAAUGGCAUGGGAAGCGCUGCAACGCGACAGUUGCAAUGGGACAUGACCGUAUUGCUUGGUCUGGUCGCGCUGGCAGGUGCUUCCGUGGUGCUAUGA